AUGAAGGAAGAGAUUGCUGCUACAGUUUUCUUUGUGGCAAGACUGGCAAAGAAACAUGGUAACCUGGAGCACUUAAGCCGUGAGAGGUUUGCUGCGGCUUUCACUUCAAUCCUUUUUGAAACCUACAAGAGCCACUGGUACCCAGAGAAGCCAUGCAAAGGGCAAGCUUUCCGGUGCCUGAGGAUGAACAAGGCUCAGUUGAGGGACCCUAUAAUUGAGCGUGCUUGCAAACAGAGUGGCGUUGGCUAUGAGGACCUGGGUUUGCCUAAAGAGAUUACCAUUUGGGUAGACCCUGGUGAAGUGUCAUGCCGGUAUGGUGAGAAAAAUGCACCAUUUUGUGUGACCUUGUUGGAGGGGCAAAAAGGAGACAGUGAGUUCUCACGCAGGAUUAACAAUGCUGUGGAGCGUGCUUCCUCUGACUACCAUUCAGGAACAUCUUCAGAUGAAGAAGGUUCUAACAACAGCAUGAGUAGCAGAAGUGCACAAUCUGCUCCAGAGCCCAAGUGCAUCCCCACAGUGUCCAAUCCAAACAGUGUUUAUCAGCUCAGUGACUUUGGCCCACCUGCAGCCAUGCAGAACUGGGCUGUUUAUGCCAAAAGGAAGCCCUAUCCUGGUGAAGGCUACCAGCAGCAUUCAAAUGGUCCAUACCCUCCACACAAUGGCUUCAAAAACUACAGACCUUCUUAUGCUUUCUCUGGACCACGAGUGGACAAAUACCACUGGGUUAGCAAGAGCCGCUCGUAA